AUACCAUGAAUAUUCUCUAUUUUGGUUUCUUCUUGACAAAAAUACAACCCUUUUCUCUUCUAACAGGCAUUAGCACAACAAGCAUUAAAUCUUACUAUCAUUCCAUAAGUAUCAUGCACACGAGCAUGUUAACCCGUUAAGUACUCCCCCUUUUCAGUCCACAUUUAAUAGUGACGCAGCAAUAAUUACGACUUAUCACAAUUAUUACUGAUAACUUACUUAUUUUCUAUACAAUAAUUUUGUUCCAAUUAAUUAGUUGUCUUGAUUUAAUUUGAUAUCAUGGCAAGUGCAUUAAUCGAAAUGGACGUCGAGAAAUUAUCGUUCCCAUCAACGGCAUCCACGUUAUUCUGCACAUUUGAUGAGGACAGUGAUACUUCGUCAACAUCUUCUUCUGGAAAUUUUUGUUUAUCCAAUACAAAUUGCAAUCUGCAAAUUAACAAAGUUCAAGACAUUCCGGAUAUCGUUUUUAACAAUUUUGAUCUCAAUGGAAUCUCAUCUUUUAAGCACCUUUCGCUACGUUUUUUCAUGACCAAGUGUACUCCAGAAGUUUUGGGUACAUUUCUCACCGGUGGAUUUCUCGAAACGUUGUAUAACUCUGCAUCGUGGAAAGUGUAUAUGACCGAACUAGUCUAUGGAUAUCUUAACUAUGUCAUUAACUCUGAAAAAAAUCGCAAUGAAUCCCAUGUUCAAUUUCCAAUUGGAUUUAUCCAGCAACUCAAAGACCUCGGAAAAAUUGUCGUAUUACGAAAACAUAUUUCACAAAUGGUGGAUCUUUCAGAAGAAACGGUUGAUAAUUUCGGAGAGUAUGUUAGAAUUAAAGCUACAGCUUUAUCUUCUGGACUGAUAUCACAAAUAAUCCAAUUUGACAUUGCAAAAUAUACACCGGAAUUGACAUCCAUCUCCUCCAGGCAUACGGGAACAAUUAUUCCUCACGAUAUAAUGCUCAAUGGGUGUUACCCUACAUUCCCUUAUGAAAAGGGUGGAUUUCCUCUGGAAUGCGUUAGCAAUAAUUCUAAAAAUUCUGCAGCAAAAGUCGUAUUUUCUAGACGGCUUAAAAAACUUGCUCAUGCUUUUUGUAAUCCAAAAGUGCAAUUUAAACUUCGAUUAUGUGAUUCUGACAAGCUCGUUGAUCUCUGGUACAUGAAAAAUCUCAGUGACCAAUUUUCCACAAAGAUUCAUGUGACUCUGCAUUAUUUCGAAUUUGUGGAACAAUUCGUCUCCCAAUUUGCAGACUGUUUUACCGUUCAAAAUCAUAAUGGGGAAGCUCGAAUUCAUUACGAUUGUUGCAAAACUUUGGUCAACAGUGAAUAUUCCUGUCAUUUAUUGGGGUCAACUGUGAACACAAUUUGGGUCAACGGGAAAGCAGAAGUUUCAAGUGAUAUUAAUUUACCUUUUAUCCAUGAGCUGUAAGACGCUUCACAAUUUUAUCGACAUUAAUAAUGCAAAAAGUUUGAUAUUUUGCAAAAAGGAAAUGCUAUAAAUCCAAUUACUGCAAAAAGUAGUAAUAAAUAUUAACUAAAUAGUGAUAAGUAUUUUUCUGAAAUAAUGGCCAGAUUAGUUAUUCAUAGGCUUAUAAUUUUGUUGCUCUUAUUGUUGUUUAAUAAUUAUUAAUAACCAUUUUUCUAAACGGUUUAUGAGAAUUUAUUUAAUAAUGUUUUUACACUGUGCUGACAAUCUAAAAUAAAGCAUUUUUUGUGGAUUUCA